UUCUGUUACUUUGCCGAGAAAUCGCUCCGGGAAAAUAUAGAAAAGCUGAGAACUUCGAAUUUGGAAUUUCUAACUGGUUGUGCUUGAUUUGGCUUGUGAGAUUCAAAGUUUUGUCCUUCUUCCUGCGAUUUUCUUUUCCGCCAGAAGAACUCUAGGGUUGGUUCACAAUGACAGAACCUUCUAAGGUUAUUCACGUUCGCAAUGUGGGGCAUGAAAUAUCUGAAAAUGAUUUGCUUCAGCUAUUCCAGCCAUUUGGAGCCAUAACUAAGCUUGUGAUGCUUCGGGCAAAAAAUCAGGCUCUUAUCCAAAUGCAAGAUAUUCCUUCAGCAGUCAAUGCUCUGCAAUUUUAUGCAAGCGUACAGCCGAGCAUUAGGGGGAGGAAUGUUUAUAUCCAAUUCUCAUCACAUCAGGAACUGACAACAAUGGAUCAAAAUACCCAAGGACGAGGAGAUGAGCCAAAUCGAAUUCUCCUAGUUACAAUUCAUCACAUGCUAUAUCCAAUAACAGUGGACGUGCUGCAUCAAGUGUUUUCUCCUCAUGGAUUUGUGGAGAAGAUGGUCACAUUUCAGAAGUCAGCUGGUUUUCAAGCCCUCAUUCAGUUCCAAUCACGUCAAAGUGCUGUUGCCGCUAGAACUACACUUCAGGGACGUAAUAUUUAUGAUGGUUGCUGUCAGCUGGACAUUCAGUUCUCAAACCUUGAUGAGUUACAAGUAAACUACAAUAAUGAGCGUUCAAGGGAUUUCACGAACCCAAAUCUGCCCACAGAACAGAAAGGCAGACCCUCACAACCGGGGUAUGGUGAUACCGGAGGCAUGUAUGCCCUUCAAGCUACUGGACGGGCAGUUGGGUUUCCACAGAUGGCCAAUGCAGCAGCCAUUGCGGCUGCCUUUGGAGGAGGUUUGCCUCCUGGAAUAAGCGGGACAAAUGACCGGUGUACAGUCCUUGUCUCCAAUCUGAAUCCCGAUAGAAUAGAUGAGGAUAAGCUCUUCAACCUCUUCUCCAUAUACGGAAACAUUGUUAGAAUUAAACUUCUCCGCAAUAAACCAGAUCAUGCACUCAUUCAGAUGGGUGAUGGUUUCCAGGCUGAACUGGCAGUACACUUUUUGAAGGGAGCAAUGCUAUUUGGGAAGCGGUUGGAGGUCAACUUUUCAAAGCAUCCAAACAUAACCCAAGGUGCUGAAACUCAUGAGUACAUAAACUCAAAUCUCAACCGCUUCAACCGUAACGCUGCUAAGAAUUACCGUUACUGCUGCUCUCCAACAAAAAUGAUCCACCUGUCCACUCUCCCCCAGGAUGUCACUGAAGAGGAGAUUGUGAGCCACUUGGAAGAACAUGGCACCAUUGUGAACACUAAGCUUUUUGAGAUGAACGGGAAGAAGCAGGCACUGGUCCUGUUUGAAACUGAGGAGCAAGCUACAGAAGCCCUUGUGUGCAAGCAUGCUACCUCACUUACUGGGUCAAUAAUCCGGAUUUCCUUUUCCCAGUUGCAGGCUAUAUAAGAGGCCUUGUAGUAGAAGGAUAACCUGGGUAAGGAUUCUUAAGCAUGAUAGGGGGAUUUAUAAUUGGGCGAUUUAUAUGCGCUGCUGAUGGUCCUCUACACUCUUCUUGAUUACUUUUGUACUGGUGGGAUCUACUGUUUGGAUUUAUUUAAUUUUCUUUGUUUCUCAUCUCUAGUGCUUCUACCAAUCAUUGUUUAGGUUCCUUCAAUAGUGGUUAGAUUUUCUGGUUGCUGAUGAGCACAGUUUUGAAGGGUAGGAAGAAAGAGGGAAGAAUAUAACCUUUUCAGGUAGAGGGAUCUAUGUAUCUUUGUACAUGUCUUGUAAUUCAGGCUAAUCGGGUCGUGCUUGUUGUAUCUUAAUCAAUGCCCCAAUUUUUUCUUGUCAAUCGAGUGAUGAGAAACAUAUUGAAGUGUU